CGAGGAGUUGAUGGCGAGUGGAUGAACACCAGAAAGAGACGCUGCACAGUCCAGCAGCUCAUACUGCCUCUCUGAAGGCAUAAGAAUAUGAUUCUGAUAUAAAAAUAUACAUUUUUCAAUUUUUUUUAAAUUUGAAUUUCAUCAGCUGGAUCGCUCCUUUAGUUUUUUAAAGAUCUGGUCUUUUAAAAAGUCUUUUUUUUUUUUUUACUUAUUAAGGAGGUCUGUGUGGAAACAGGAAGGAGCAACUCUGUGGACUGAAAGCAUGAUUCCACGGAUGAAGCCAGCCACAUGGGACAGCCAUGUUUUUUGUCUCCAUGACAGCUAGAUCACUCAGCCAUCUCAGCAGUGACCCCCUGCACGGCAAAGGAUGCUGGGAAAUAAUGAGCAUUUUUAUCCUGAUCAGGAUGACAAAGAUGAGGAGGAUGAGGAGGAGGAAGAGGAGCAGAGAAGAGAUAAACGAACAAAUGAAGGCCGGUGCGACAGGGAGAACGGAGGAUUAGAAGGUCUGGGAGAGAAGGAGAUGACAGGAGGACGACAGUCCUGGGAAGGGAAAGUUGGUGACGUGGCGAAACCUGCAGCCAUUGUGGUUGGUAGACAGAGAGUAGACCGGCCACUGAGGCUAGGUAACCUGGAAAACCGGGGCAUCCCUCACAUGUCCAACCAGGCUCCACACCGCCAUGUUGCCAACAAGCCGCAGCAUCUGAUGGCUGCUAAGAGACGGGCUCUCAUGGAGCGCAGCAUGACUGCAAUGACUCCACAGGAGGACACUUUCCUGACCAUGACAGUGUUUCGGAUUGGAAUCCCUGACAUCAAACAAACAAGAUGUCUUCAGUUUGACCAGGACUGCACCGUGUGGAGCGCUAAGCAGCAGAUCAUCCUCUCUCUGGGUGAAUCCUUAUGGGACGCCUACAACUACGGCCUCUUCCAGCCGGCCGGAGAGGGACGGGAUGCCAAGUUCCUGGAGGAGGAGCGCCUGCUGAGGGACUAUGCUCGGUCCUAUGAGAAAGGCAUGCCAUACCUGGAGUUUAGGUAUAAAACCAGAGUUUAUAAGCAAACCAACCUGGAUGAAAAGGCUCUGGCUAAAUUCAGCUCAAAGGCCAGUCAAAAGAAGUUUCUGGAGUAUGUUCAGACCGGAGCAAUGGAGAAAAUGGCUAAAGUCCUCGAGAAAGGUCUUGACCCAAAUUUUCAUGACCCAGACAGCGGAGAGACCCCACUCUCCGUGGCCAUGCAGUCCGGCCUGUCGGUGGAAGGCAUCGGGCUUCUGGUUCUGGGUGGAGCUCACUUGGACUUCAGGAGCUCAGACGGCAUGACGGCUCUGCACAAAGCAGUUAGAGCUCACAAUCACAGCGGGCUGCUGGCUCUUUUGUCUCUUGGAGCGUCUCCAGACUACAAGGACCGUUGUGGCCUGACCCCGCUGUACCACACUUUGCUGACAGGGGGCGACACUUCUUGCUGUGAGACUUUGCUCUACUACAGAGCAAAGCUGGGGACCAGGGAUGAGAAUGGCUGGGAUGAGAGCCAUCAGCUCAGGGAUGAAGAGGAGUUUGGAAUGGAAGAAAUACAUAAGGCUUGUCAGAAUGGCCUUGCACAACACUUGGAGCAUCUGCUGUUUUACGGAGCAGACGCUGCUUCUCAAAACGCUUCGGGGAGCACUGCGCUUCACAUUUCAGCCCUGUACAAUAAGGAAAGCUGUCUGAGAGUUCUUCUGUACAGAGGAGCAAAUAAGGAGGCAAAGAACAAGCAUGGCCAGACCCCCUUUCAGGUGGCAGUAAUGUCUGGUCACUUUGAACUUGGGGAGAUCAUCAAAAACCACAAAGAUUCAGACGUAGUUCCCUUUUUGGAAUCACCAAAGUUUGUUCCCAGACGGAAAGACAGUAUCCACACUCUGCCUCUUCCUUCGCUUCAUUCUCACCCCCUGCUGCGUGCCAACAGUGAUAACACCAUGAUCCAGUCUGACCCCAUGGCCUUGCCCAUCAAGGCAGCCACCAGCCCCAACCCUGGGCAGGUCCAACGCAGGGCCUCCAUAGGAGUCAGAAGUUCCAGCAGUCCCAGGACUCGCACACGUUCCCCCUCCAGAGGAAGGGGAGGUCAAAGUGAUACGGAGGAGAGGCAUCGGCAACCAAGAGGCAGACAGGGUGCAACCUCGGCGAGCAGCGGUGGGGGUCAGAUGAAGAGAAUGUACAGUGCAGUACCAGGGAGGGUGUACGUGGCCACUCGAGCCCACUCUGCCAGCAGGGAGAAAGAGCUCUCGCUCAGCAAAGGGGACAAAGUUAAAGUGUUGAGUGUAGGAGAAGGGGGAUACUGGGAGGGAACUGUGAAAGGACGCACUGGCUGGUUUCCUUCAGACUGUGUGCAGGAAGUGCCAGCUCCCAAGGAAAAAGAGUUACGCAGCGAAAAAUCCAAGAGGAAGCUGUUCCGCAACGUGACAGUGGGAGCUUACGAUGGCACCGACGGCCCCAGUGACUACAUCAUUAAGGAGAAGGCUGUGCUCCUACAGAAGAAAGACAAUGAAGGCUUUGGCUUUGUGCUUAGAGGAGCCAAAGCUCAGACUCCCAUAGAGGAGUUCACUCCAACGCCGGCUUUCCCUGCGCUGCAGUAUCUGGAGUCUGUUGAUGAGGGUGGUGUGGCAUGGAGAGCAGGCCUUCGGAUGGGGGAUUUCCUCAUUGAGGUGAACGGCCAGAAUGUGGUGAAGGUGGGUCAUCGGCAGGUGGUCAACAUGAUCCGUCAGGGCGGCAACAGCCUCAUGGUGAAAGUAGUGAUGGUCGCUCGUAACCCUGAGUUGGAGGACACGGCUCGGAAGAGAGCGCCACAGCAGACUAAAAGACUGACUCCUCCUGCCAUCGCCCUUCGCUCCAAGUCAAUGACAUCAGAACUAGAAGACAUGGUGGAGAAAGCUGCCUCUCCGUGGAAAAAUAAAGCAGAUUACGACUCAUCUCAGGGUCCUGAUAAGAAAAGGACAGUUUAUCAGAUGGCGUUAAAUAAACUGGAUGAAAUAUUGGCUGCUGCCCAGCACACGAUCACAUCAGACAACCAGGGUCAAAGAGGUCAUGGUGGCAAGAGGGACCGCAGCAAGAGCAUUGUUACCAACAUCUCCAAUGAGCAACCCUAUGAGCAGCAGUCAUCAGGGAGUAUUGUCCAAACUGGGCCUGGAUUUGGCUACAACCAAGCUCAUUUCCAACCAGGUCAUGGUCCUCAGCAUGCAGUCAUGAUGCGCCAAAAAUCUAUCGGUGUGGCAGAAGAAGAGCGGCAGUACCUCCACCCACCUGCUAUGAAGCUCGCUCGUAGCCUUUCAGUGCCAGGACCAGAAGAUAUCCCACCACCUCCUAACACAUCUGCCCCAGAGCCACCUUUAUCUGCCGGUCCUUAUACUGGUCGUGGGCCUGCUAUGCCAUUACCCCCUGUAGCUCAAGCCCACUACCAGAUUCACUCUCAGCCAGGUCAUCCUGCUCAAGCUGUCUGGGAGAGGGGAGGAGCCAGUGGCAUGAACCAGCAGGCUAUGGUUCCCACCCUCCGAAGGCAAUCAGAUGGACUUUGUAUGAGAGAGCCAGAUGUGCCUCGGAGAGGUGGUGACAAGAUGGGAGGGCUGAGGAGAGGCUACAGCAGUGCUACACCACCAACAAGUGCUAACCCUAAGCCUCAGCAGGCGCCACAACAUCCUCCACAUUUGUCAAACCGGGAGCAGGGAGGAGGUGUUAGUAGAGGUGGUGCAAGACGAGGUGGUCGUGGAGCUUUGAUUAAGCAGUCAAAAGUGGAAGAUGGACUGAGACAACAUCGAGGUAAAGCAGGUGUGGCCAAAGAGAAGAGCUCCAUCCCCAUCCCUACAAUCAUUGUGAAAGCACCAUCCACCAGCAGCAGUGGUCGAAGCAGCCAAGGUAGCAGUAUGGAAGCUGAGCCGUCACAGGAUGCGGAGGAUAAGUCCUCCAUAGAUGCAGCCCCUGACAGCUCUAGUGCAAACCAACCAUCACCACUCACCCCCUCGCCACCUCAGCUGCCCACGUCUACUUCUUUGCCUUCAUCUGUGGCACCCUCUGUUUCUACACAACACAACCUGGAAAAAUUGGAUUAUACUUCGACGUUUGGAGCAGCGUUUGGAGGAGGGGAGGCACGCAAGGAAAGAGAACGUUUAAAGGACAUGAGGAGAAAGAGUGCCUCUUUCUUUCUUUCAUCUGAGGAGGACAUUCAAGGGGAAGCUGGAGGUGGAGCAGGAGAAGGGGGAGGAGCUCUAGGGGCACAAAUUUUGCCGUUGCAAGGUUUACAAGUGGAAGUGCCCACUCCUCGACUUCGGCCGUCCAAGUCCAUAGAUGAGGGCAUGUUUUCUGGAGACAACUACAUGAACUAUUCCAGUAGCAUGCCUCCAGCCUUUGGCCUUCCUGAGUACUCAUCUCCUAUUCUUAGUCAGGAUGGACAGCCCAAGUCAGCUCCCUCAAUGUAUGGCGCUCAGCCUGCUACUACCUUUAUUCACCCACUAACAGGGAAAGUUUUGGAUCCUUCAUCCCCUCUUGGUCUUGCUCUGGCUGCAAGAGAGCGGGCCUUAAAGGAUGAUCGCAGGACACGCAGAGAGGAGAGACACUUUGGACGGCAGCUGUCGACAGUGGGAUCCUUUCCCACACCUGUUCAAACCCCAACACCUUCCCUUUUUGCAACACCAACACAAUCUGCCUACACUUCUCCAGUUUCUCUCCACCUUAGCUCUCCAACUGCUACCACCUCGCCCGCAUCUUUGAGCCGGCCACAAUCGCCACGGAUUUUGCGUUUGGGGGGAGGAGGUGGGGAAAGGAUGGAGCGAGACAAAGAAGGAGGGCCUCGGGAGGGUCUUAGAGUUCGUUUCUCUGAGGACAGAAACAGCCAGUUCUCUACCCAGUAUUACCCACAAAGCAGCAGAGAAAGAGAAAAGGAGGUGUACGACAGCAAACCUGCUCUACCUAUUGAACCUCCUCCCCCACCAGCUCAGCCUGCCCCUCGUAGACCUGCUUAUUUGCAGAUGGAAAAUGUUCCCAACACCAGCUAUAUUCCCCAGUACACAGUCCCCACAGCCCCAUCACAGAUAAAUGAUGCUAUGGGAGAUGCAAAAGCUGGGGCAGGUGGUCUAGGGUUAAUGGUUUUACCUCCACCAGCUCCCUCAAUAGAUGCAGAUGAAGAGUUUGUUUUUGCAGAUCCCUUGCCCCCUCCUAUACAGUUUGCUAAUGGUAAGAAUGAAAGAAUACGUGGGUAUCCUCAGCAUCAUCAGCUCCAGAAUCAGCAUUCUGCUUCCAUUGAUGCACCUCCACCACCUCUUAAGUCCUCAAAUGCUCCCCAAGUUGCUUCACAAGGUGGUGACUCUGCUGCCUCUAGCCUUACUUCCUACGACAGUGAAGUGGCCAAUCUCACACAGUCGGCGCUCUCACCAUCUUAUCCAUCCCCACAGAUAUUUACCUCCUCCUCUCUUACCGCCACUACCAGCUCAACUGUUGCUCUGCCUCCCACAUCACUACACCGACCCCAGCCCAUGUCCCACCACUAUUACAGCAGCCCUGAUGACCCCUCAGUAAGUGUUCAAACCCCAGCACAGGACAGAGGCACAGCCACCCUCACCACCACCAUGACCUAUGCUACAACUACCAUGACUGCAACUGCAGCUGCCACAACCACUACAAACUCUCCAGCAUCAUCUGAUUACACAAUGACCAUGGCAGGGCCCAGGGUUGGCCUGAGCAUCUGGGAUAAAGCCGCUGAUCACAUCCAUCAUCCCACAGUUAUGGCCAAAAGUGGAGAUUGGCAAGAUGCGGUGGUGGAUUCUGGAAUUGAGGAGCUGGACAGUCACAGUAAUAGUGACCACCAUUUAGAAAUGCUGGGACUAAGUGGGUUGAGAGGAGACAGAGGAGGAUUCGGGGUAGAGGGUGGGAAAGUCAGUCACCAUCAGGAUCCUUGCACAAGCUACUCAGGUGGGCAAGCAUUUGAGGUGCACAGCACCAAACUGGCAAACCCUGUGUUUCCAAAGAUGACUCAUUACAGAGAGGUGGAAGGGAGGGGCCCGACUAUAGCACUACGUAGGCAGUGCAGCACCAACCCUGCUCCUUUGCAAUUACAGAAACAAAGCUACCCACAAGAUGCAGGUUUAGACAGAACUCAAAUAGAUGAAAAGAAGCACAAGCAGAGUCGAUCCAAAAUGGAUGAUAACUUUAGUUCCACCCUAGCUGCCUGCUUAGAGAGGCCCGUGGACUCUCGUUCAGUGGUCUGGGGGGACAUUAGUGAACAUGAGCAAGGAGUCCAGAGUGGGGGUGUUGUUUUGGAAAACCGCAGACUCCACUUGCCUCUUUCUGGUGUGAAAGCCAGCAUCAUCAAUGAGCUAAGUUCAAAGCUGCAGCAGAUGAGUAGCAUGAAGAGCAUGGAUGACUGGAGCCAUGCACAAAAGUCACCUACCAUGCACAGGUAUUCAACAGAUUUUACGGACGCAUUUCACAGCCCACCGACUGGCCGUUCCACUUCGCCACUGCCCACUUCAUCUCCACAACAUCGUCAGAUGCAGACCCCUAACCUCUCGGCCACCCCUUCUGUCUCACCUUCUCCUCAAGUCCCAGUUCAGCGCAACUGGACCAGAUCCCCUUCUCCUCAGAUGCCCACCUCCCCGGUACAUGCACAUGCUCCACAUUCUCCAACCUACUGCCCAUACCCAACAUCACCUAAGCACAGAUCUAAGAUGCGCAGGCAGACUUUUGAUUUUCAGUGCAGUCCUUCAAAAGAGAUGCGGUCUUCAGUCUCCAGGCGUCGGGCUCCCAGCCCUCUCAUCUACAACACCGAACAACAAAAUCCCACCCCUCCCAGACCCUCCUCUCUCCCCAUACUUCCCUCUACACCUGUUUACAACAACCCCUUUGACUUUCCUGGCCCCCUCACUCCACCAUCUUCUGGCCUUCCUCUUGGAGAUCCCUACCAUGCUUCAACGCCUCCACUCUUCUCUCCAUCUGCUGUGCAAGGCCCAAACCCUCUUCUUCUCUCACGCUCUCUCUCCCCCACUCAUUUUCUCUCUGGAGCCUCCUCACCAAUGCAUCUACCACCUAGCCCUUCUUGUCUCAACUAUCCCCAACUCAGUCCUCCUCCACCAGCAAAACCAUUUGCCAUCAAACCUCUGCCGUACUGGACCAAGUACGAUGUGGCAGACUGGUUGGCUUAUCUAAAUCUGGGUGAACACAGAGAGCGUUUUAUAGACAAUGAGAUUGAUGGAUCUCAUCUGCCUUCGCUUACCAAGGAUGACUUCUUGGACCUGGGAGUGACACGUGUGGGACAUCGAAUGAACAUCGAGAGGGCGCUUAAGAAACUCACUGACAGGCGUCUCUCCUCUCCUUUGCAUGUCACAACUUCUCCUCGAGACACUGACUGAGAGAGUGAAGGGAUGAUUCAAAGAUGGGAAAAGGGGGAGAUAAACAAAUAGAGAAAGAUGAACACUAACUGAAGAUUUGCAAGAGAAGAACAGAGGACAUCAACCGUUUGUGUUUAAGCUUAAGGCGUAGAUAAGCGAAGGAAGUUUGUUCUACAUGUAGAGAUUAUUGUUGUGACGUUUGUGGAACUGGUAUGAAGACGAUGCUCAUCAAGUGGAAUUAUACUUUAAAACUUUUGAUGGACAAAAAUUUAAUUAACGCACCAUUUUGUGCUGUAAAAGAAUAAACACACUUCAACACUUACACUCAUAUUUUUACCAUCAUGACAGAUGGAUUCUCACACCAUCUGCUGUUUAACAGCAAUGAGAAAACUUAAGUCGGAGUCUGAAGACUCUCAAAGUGCUGCUGAAGGCCAUUAAAUAGUGUUUAUUGUUGCUGACACCACUGAUAAUAGAGACAUAAAUGGCACAAUCUAAUGUCUGUUUUGUAGCUUUAGGCAGAUCCGAGUAUCACCGGAGCCAAAAUCAGAUUGAAAAUAUAAGAAAAAAGAUUUUUUAUUAAAACAGUGAUGGACAAACACUAUAGAAAAAUUAUGGAGAUGUUUAUUUACAUUUAAGAAAUAUACAAAUAUAUGUUUAUGACAUAUUGCCCCAAAGGAUGCCCCAAUAAGCUUAUAUGUUUGUAUUUUGCGAGCGCUAAAUAUAUAUUGCGUGGAUUCAUUAUUGGUAAAACCAUCUGUUUCGUACUAAGUGCUGAUAGCAAUCGCUCAUAUAAAACUGGUCAGGGUAUUUACUGAAGUCACAUUGUGAAUAAUGACAAUGUAAAAAUAUUUAGAAUUUCUUUUCUUUUUUAUGACCGUCAUUCAUGAUUCCAGCGAGGAACCAGAGGACGUUUGAAGUGAACUUGGACUGGAUCACCAAGUCAAUAGACGCCAUGUUUUCUAAGGGUUUGUAGGUGUUUUUUGGCAGUAGUCUAGGUUGAGGGAUUGAUCCAUCUUCUUUGAUGCCAUAAUUUUGACCCUUCUCCCUCACAUAGGUGCAGAGAUCAAAAAGGGCUUUUUACAGAUUCUGUGCUUUUGCCUGAAUUCCUCAUCCCUCCGUGAGUCAGCGUGUCUUAUCACGUGUUUGUGGUUUCUAGUCUGAAAUGCUUCCCCUGACUUAAACCUUCCUCUCUCUAAUGCCUUUUUUCCAAAACAUACUUAUGCUGCUUAUAUGAUUUCUUGGUUUUCUUUUCUCACCAGUUGACAAUCACGACGCUUCACUGUUCCUCUCACAAAUCCAUUAAAGGAAUGGCCUACACUCACUUUCAAAAGGAGUUUUCUUGUGAUAAACCUAAAAAUUCUCUAUGUGUUACAUAUGAUUGAACAUGUUGAGUUUAUUUUAACAAGCCGAUGCAGAUAUUCACUGCAGUGGAUUCAACUGUGGGGCACAAAACCCCCUGCAUUAUUUAAAUGUCUGUAUGUAAAGAUGACGCAGCAGUGACAACAAAAUUAGUAUAAUAAAGAUUACAAUAUUAAGUAUUCAAACUUUUAAGAAAUCUCUGUCUUCCAAAUAGUGUGGACAAAAUAUUUUUGAUGUUUUGUUGCUUUCCUCUUUGUUUAUUUUUCUUUGUCAUAAAUGCUUUCUAUACUGCUCCUUCUGUGAAACUGGGAUACAGGUUUUCUCCAUCUCAGACUCGGAUUCUGUAAGAGAUUUCCUCAAUGCUUUGUCAAAGAUAUGUGCUUUUCUCAGAUGGGGAUGAAUGGCAGUGUAGAAAGCAUUAUGUACUAUGAAUUAAAAAGUAUUAUAGGUCUAUUAAAAUGCAUAAUGACUACAUACAUUAUGAACGUAAGUUUGCAGAGAUAAACGGUAUACAAAUGAAUACAUAUAUAUGUAUAAAUUUAUAUAUAAAUUUUGUUUUGAAUAAAAUACAGUAUAUAAUUAUUUACAACAUGAUAGAACUACAGCUAAGGUGUUGAAAUAAAUGCUAAAAUAAACUCUGGCUCUGUCAUCGUU